CCUGUGGAACGGCUUAGUCCGCUGACCUGACUGAGGGCGACGUCGCUUCGAAUCACUUUUCCGAACAAGACGAGCGUCCAUCGAAAGUUGCCAAGAAAUCCACCUCCAUCGGCGCUGCUUCGGGCUGCAGGCGGACAAAUAAUCAAACAUCAUGGCUGCAAUACCUGGAAAAAUCGUAAUCAAGAGUACCACCACCAAGACGUUAAAUGAUCGCUUCACUGAAAUGGCACGGCAAAUGAAGUCUCCACCCCAAGUCACGAUUGGUGGGAUGCGCAUGGGUCAGAUGCAGCAGUCUCAAGCAUCAUCCAAAAACCGCCGUCUUGCAGCCCAGAUGGCAAACAGACCUGGCGUCCAGGCUGCCCUUGGUGGGGCGCAACCACAGAUGAAUACAAGUGGUCUACAGGGACGACUUGGAAGUCUGAACAAGGGAUCUGUACAAGGCCGACUAGGAGCAAGAGGGAGAGGGCGAGGGAUGGCACGUGGCCCUGGCAGGGGCAUGGUUGGAGCAAGAGGACGUGCUGGUUUCAGAGGGAAUCGUGGUGGAUUCACUUCUCCUGGCAGGGGAGGUGCUGCUGGAUUCAGAGGGCGUGGCAGAGGAGGAAUGACUAGAGGAGGACCUAGAGGGAGGGCUUCAUUUGGAGGGAGAGGUGCCAGGGGAGCAAGCAGAGGUGCAGCAAGAGGAGGGCGUGGUGGAAGGGGCAGAGGGAGAGGUGCAUUAAACCAACCUGAAAAAUCCAAAGACCAAUUAGACAAGGAGCUUGAUCAAUAUAUGUCACACUCCAAAGGUCAUCUAGAUGCUGAGUUAGACAAAUACAUGCAACACGCGGAUGAAGAGUAAAACAGCGAUGGACAUUUAUGGAACAGAUGUGUGAACAUUGUAUUUUAACCAAAAGAACAUGUUACCACCUGGUUUUAUAGAUUCUUUUAUUAUCCAAGUUUAUUUAUGGAUUUUGCCAGCACUGGUAUUACAUACUUUGAAAUAUAAUACUGUAUUCAUUUGCAGUUUAAGGCGGUUUUCCAGCAUGUUUAUUUUGACUGGCCUAUUGUAAGGCAUGCUUUUUUUUUAAUAAGAUGUCAAUGGCAGGAACACAUACAUAACAUUCUUAUCAUCUUGAGAAAUUUCAUCUACACUUUUUAUGAUUGAUACUAUCAUUUUAAAAAGACGAACCUUGCAAAUUGAAAAGCCUCACUGCCUUUCAUGUCUUAUUGAAAGUCUUGCAUAUUUUUUGGUGUUCGAAAUAACCGUCAUAGAAUAGACACCAUGCAUUUGAUCUAAUCAUGCUCUAGUUUGAGUCCUAAAUGGACAUUAAACAACUUUGUACAGCAGCUAAAUAAAGAAAGAUAUGCCUA